CAGAAGCGCAUACUGUGGAGUUCACAGUAUAAAAGCCAAAUCAGUAAGCAUUUCACCUCAGUAAGGACACUUUCCUUAUCCGGUGUACUACAUCAGUGGAUCAAGAAUUGUAAUCGAGAUGAUCAAACAGAUGCCAGUUCUAUGGCUUGUGGUUGCUUCUUGCUUCCUCUGCUCGGCUGUCGAAGUAUCAAGCGAAAUUGAAUCAUCCAUCUCAAGCGAUUCAACGAGUCAGGCCAUGGUUGGCUCGCUGCGUUUUUACGGCAUUACCAAAACGAUGAGGACCACCACAACUGUUGUCCACUUAUACACGACGUACGUCCGCCAGACUUGUUUGAGUGUUCAGCCUGGAACGUCCGCGUGUUCCGAAACGACCCCACCAACCACAACUUCUACGACGACGACGACGACGACGACUACAACUACUCCUACACCCGUCACCGUAACGCCCGCCACUACAACAUCCGGGACGACUGCUACUACAGCAUCCACAACAACAGCAUCGCCUUUUCAAAUCGUAAAGGAUCAAUUCAUCCCAUCUGUUUCAGCGAACAUCACCAUUAACAAACUGACUGCUUCCAGUUUGAACCUUCCUCAACUAUCAGCAAUUGGAUCUGGAUUAGGUGGGCUCUUCAACAAGCGUCCAGCCAAUGUCCAAGUUUCAGCCAGCGCAUCAGCUACUGUCACCACAAAUGGACGUCGCAGACGAUCUCGCAUUAUGGUUGAAAAAAUUCAACCAUCAGCCAUUAGACCGGUUGAAGUCACAGCUAAUCCUGAUAUGUCACUGCGUGAGUCCAUACAACAGGAUGUGGCAGUGGAAGCCUCUCGAGCGGAAGAAUAUCAAGAGUAUUACAUCACCGGUUUGAUGCCGCAUUUUGCCGAACGAGCUCUAGGCAUUAACCCAAUCACAAUUGUCAGAUUGGACCCAACGACCAUCAUCGUUACGCAAACAGUCACUUCAAAGUUUCCAUUUGACAAGCCCUCCGAUCGCGUUACUCUCAGUUAUGGUGGCUGCGUACCUUCCAAUGUAGUGGCAAUGAAUUUGCGAAAUUGCCUCUGAAUUAUCUGACAUUGACACUUAUUCAGCAAAGGGGUUUGGAAGCUUGGAAAUCAAUUGCAUUUAUUCAACGGAGGGGAAAUUAUUUUAUUUCGUUUUCAGCCUGGCAAGUAAGAAACAAAUCAAGAGCACUGAAACGGGAAUUAUCAACAUAAGCAUUUAAAAAACCAUUUGAAAUUUGGGAAAACUUCUUUGUAUUAAUUUGCAAUGGAUCAGCAAGUUAAUAAACAAGAAAAAAAUUA